CAUGACGAUUACAUGUAUUUGGUGGCUAAGGAAAAUGAAACGACUUUGCCUCCAACUGCAUUGUUCAUCAUCCAAUACCACUCUUUUUAUCCAUUACACAAGUCAGGAGCAUACACACAUUUGAUGAAUGCGGAUGAUGUUGAGAAUUUGAAGUGGCUGAAAAUUUUCAACAAAUAUGAACUCUAUAGUAAGAGCAAAGUGCGCAUUGAUGUCGAGAAGGUCAAGCCAUACUAUCUUUCUCUUAUUGAGAAGUAUUUCCCAGCCAAGCUGAGAUGGUGAACAUUCCAAAUUGAAGACAUUGAUUUGAGAAAUCACAGAUUUUAUUUUAUUUUUCUUUUUGUGAUUGAUUCAUGCACUUGUAUAAAACACAACAGAGAUUUGUGGGUUCUUUGUAAAUCCUCUGAUGUGUUCUAAAAAUGUUCUAUCAAUAAACAAUUUAAAUGCAUUUGGUGGGAUAUAAUUUCAUUCCUUUGGCAUUUGUUUCUUUUAAUUUCUACUGGACUGUUGAUGAUGAGCUUUUCUGUAGAUAUUAUACUCUCUCUAUUUAAUGUUUUUGCCCAAGAUAAAACAUACACAGGUAGAAUGAUGUUGGGAUUGAACUUAUUA